UCCGGUUUGUAGACGGAGGGCAGCAGCAUGGCAUCCGACGGCACCAUGGCUAACGUUAACGGGCGAGAGUCCGUCUCCCAGAACGGGGAGCCGGUGGUUAAACGGCCGCGGGAGAGCGCCUCGCAGGAGUCUCCCCUCCGGGUCCCGAAGGAGCCGCAGAACAAAGUGACCGUCGUGCUCGGAGCGCAGUGGGGCGACGAGGGUAAAGGAAAAGUUGUGGACUUGCUCGCAAUGGAUGCGGAUAUUGUAUGCAGGUGCCAGGGGGGCAACAAUGCAGGUCACACGGUGGUUGUGGACUCGGUGGAGUACGACUUCCACCUGCUGCCCAGCGGAGUGCUCAACAAGAAGGCCGUCUCCUUCAUCGGCAACGGAGUGGUGAUACACCUGCCAGGUUUGUUUGAGGAGGCUGAAAAGAACCUGCAGAAAGGCAAAGGAUUACAAGGAUGGGAGGAGAGAUUAAAGAUUUCUGACCGUGCCCACAUUGUGUUCAACUUCCAUCAAGCCGUCGACGGUAUCCAGGAGCAGCAGCGGCAGCAGCAGGAAGGGAAAAAUUUGGGAACCACUAAGAAGGGCAUCGGUCCUGCCUACUCCUCCAAAGCUGCUCGGAACGGUCUGCGAGUCUGUGACCUUGUCUCAGAUAUCAAGGUUUUUGAGGACAAGUUCCGUAUGUUGGCAGAACAUUUCCUGACGAUGUAUCCAAACCUUAACAUCGACAUUGACAGUGAACUGGAGCAGCUGAAGGCAUACGCAGAGCGACUGCGCCCUCUGGUGACCGAUGGGGUGUACUUCAUGCACAAAGCUCUCACUGGACCCAGCAAGAAAAUCCUGGUGGAGGGGGCCAAUGCUGCUCUCCUGGAUAUUGACUUUGGGACGUAUCCUUUCGUGACGUCUUCCAACUGCACCGUGGGAGGAGUGUGCACUGGUCUCGGCGUGCCUCCAUCAUACGUUGGCCGCGUAUACGGAGUCGUCAAAGCGUACACCACCCGGGUGGGCGUUGGUGCUUUCCCAACAGAGCAGGAUAAUGAGACUGGAGAUCUGCUGCAGUCCAGAGGGAGAGAGUUCGGCGUGACGACGGGUAGGAGGAGGCGUUGUGGUUGGCUGGACCUGAUUUUGGUCAGAUACGCCCACAUGGUCAAUGGCUUCUCUGCAAUUGCCCUGACGAAGCUCGACAUUUUGGACACGCUGACGGAGAUUAAAGUGGGCGUGGCCUAUAAAGUGGAUGGAAAACCUCUGCCAAGUUUCCCUGCAAACAUGGACGUUCUGACGAGGGUGUCGGUGGAGUAUGAGACGUUGCCCGGCUGGUGCUGCAGCACAGAGGCAGCUCGGAGCUUCGAGGAGCUGCCAUCACAGGCCCAGAACUACGUUCGGUUCAUCGAGGACUUCCUGCAAGUGCCAGUGAAGUGGGUUGGAGUCGGCAAGUCGAGAGAGAGCAUGAUCAAACUGUUUUGAUCCAUCUGCAGACCUGUAGUCCAGCCCGAUGACAACUCACAUCUUAAAUUCAGGUUUUCAUAGGAUUACCAGAGGGAUUAUAAGGCAAACUCUGUCCUGUAGGAAAGAUUUCACCAGCAAGGCUAUUUGUGAGACUUUAAUUGCUGCUUGUGCAUCACAUUUAUCACAAUCACAAUAAUUUCUCUUGGUUAUAAUUUAUGCAUUCCACAAAAUGUUUUCUAUAUUUAUUCGGAUGUUAAUUUUUAUAACCUGGUGAAAAUGGAUCAAUCAGUCUUUAUUCCAUUCCACAGUAAAGCACAGUUAUUUUUUUAAGCAUUUGAGACUAAUUAACCUGACCUGAUAUCUGUUUUUUUCAAACAUAUAUUUGAAGAGCCAUUGAUGAACAGCUGCAGACGCCUUCACAUUAAAGGGCAUCACAAUUAAAGAAAGCGAGUAUUUUCAGGCUUUGUAACGAGAUGGAAAAAUGAUUGAAAGCCAUGAUGCAACGAUACCUUUUCUAUCGAAUAAUUUCAAAACGCUUUAAAAACAUGAAUGCAUUUCAGUUGUUUGUAGAGGUAUUUUCACGAUGAUUGUUGGAAUGAACAUAGUUGUUUUUAAAUCAUCCUCAAGACGACGAGUCAACACUAAGCCACUCAAGUUGGAAUAGAUGUUUUCUUCAGAAUAAUUGAGGAAAAAUAAAUAGAAAUUUCAUGUUCACAUAGAGACAUUGACUGAUAUUUGAGAAGUUUGUGUAAAUGUAAAGAAAAUGGCCAAUAGGCAAUAAUGUACCAGAGUACAUCUCAGUGAGUUCCCUAUGUCAUUUCAUUCAUUCUGUCAAUAAUAUAAAAGACUUGCUCAGCUUGCUGUUAUCAAUAAAAGGAAACUAA